AUGGCGCAACGAACUUUCUCGCCCCUGGCAAUAGUCCUUGGCUGCGUCUUCUUCUUUUCCGCACACGUGUUUGCGGUUUCCGCAGUCCUCGGCAUCGACCUUGGCACCGAGUACAUCAAGGCCGCCCUCGUCAAACCCGGCAUUCCUCUCGAUAUCGUCCUGACCAAGGACUCCCGCCGCAAGGAGAUCUCUGCCGUCACCUUCAAGCCCCUCCAGGGAGGCCCCAAGUCUGGAGCCUACCCCGAGAGGCUUUACGGCUCCGACGCCAUCGCCCUCUCCGCCCGCUUCCCCCACGAUGUCUACCCCAACCUAAAGACCCUCCUGGGUCUCUCCGUCGACGACCCCAUCGUCCAAGAAUACGCUGCCCGGCACCCUGCGCUGCAGCUCGAGAAGAACAAGAAACGUGGGACCGCUGCUUUCAAGAGCAAGGUCUUCACUGAGGAGGAGGAGGCAUGGCUAGUCGAAGAGCUUCUGGCCAUGGAACUGCAGAGCAUCCAGAAGAACGCCGAGGUUGCUGCUGGAUCUGGAACCUCGAUCCGCUCAAUCGUUCUGACUGUCCCUCCCUACUUCACCGUUGAGGAGAAGCGCGCCAUCCAGACCGCCGCUGACCUCGCCGGUCUCAAGGUUCUCAGCCUCAUCAGCGACGGCCUCGCCGUUGGUCUCAACUAUGCCACCUCCCGCCAGUUCCCCAACAUUAACGAGGGAGGCAAGGCUGAGCACCACCUAGUCUUCGACAUGGGCGCUGGCUCCACCAAGGCCACCGUGAUGAAGUUCCAGGGUCGCACCGUCAAGGACAUUGGCAAGUUCAACAAGACCGUACAGGAGGUUUCCGUCAUCGGCUCCGGCUGGGAUAGGACUCUGGGUGGCGACGCGCUCAACUACCUCAUUGUCGAUGAUAUGGUCACCCAGUUCGUCGAGUCCAAGGCCGCCAAGAAGAUCUCUGCCGACGCCGACAAGGUCAAGGCCCACGGCCGUGCCAUCGCGAAGCUGACCAAGGAGGCGGAGCGCUUGCGCCACGUCCUCAGCGCCAACCAGCAGGCCGGCGCCAGCUUCGAGGGUCUCUACGAGGACGUUGAUUUCAAGUACAAGCUCACCCGCGCCGACUUCGAGAAGAUGGCCGAGAGCCACGCCGCUCGCGUCGACGCUGUCAUUUUGGGCGCCCUUAAGACGGCCCAGCUUGAGCUCGCGGACCUGACCUCCGUCAUCCUUCACGGUGGUGCUUCCCGCACCCCCUUCGUCCAGAAGCAGCUGGAGCAGGUCGUUGGCUCCGCCGACAAGCUCCGCAGCAACGUUAACUCGGACGAGGCCGCCGUCUUUGGUGCGGCCUUCCGUGCCGCCGAGCUCAGCCCCAGCUUUCGCGUCAAGGAGAUUCGCAUUUCCGAGGGUGGAAACUACCCUUCUGGCAUGAAAUGGACCAACAACAAGAACAAGCUUCAGCACCAGCGUCUGUGGUCCGCCAUCUCUCCCCAGGGCGGUGUACCCAAGGAGGUUACCUUCACCAACCACGAAGACUUCGACGUCACCUUCUACCAGCAGAUCGGCUCCGCUGAACAGGACACCAAGGUCCUGACCACCAAGAAUCUGACCGCCUCGGUCGCGGAGCUCAAGGAGAAGUACUCUUGCGUCGACAGCGAUAUCCACUUCAAGGUCGGAGUCAAGCUGAGCGGCGAGAACGGAGAGGUCGAUGUCACCAAGGCCACUGUCGAGUGCGAGGCCGAAGCCCCUGAAAAGGAGGGCUUUGUCGACGGGGUCAAGAACUUGUUCGGGUUCGGAAAGAAGGACCAGAAGCCCCUGGACGGCGACGAAGACGGCGAGUCGUCGACCACCUCAUCCGAGUCUUCUGCCACUACCACGACUUCUACCAAGACCGACACGACCCCGGCCUCUUCCUCCCCCAGUCCCAGCGAUCCCACCUCUGAUGACAGUGAGCCCGCCAAGAAGAAGGUGCUCGUCAUCAUCAACGUCGACUUCAUUCUCGAGAAGGCUGGGCGACCCGAUCUAUCCCGCGACGAUCUUAUCCAUUCCAAGGACCGCCUCAAGGCAUUCGAGGCUUCUGACAAGGCCCGCCGCCUGAGGGAAGAGGCACUUAACCAGCUGGAGGGUUUCACCUACAAGGUCCGCAGUCUCCUUGAGAGUGAGACGUUUAUUGCCGCUUCCACUGCAGAGGAGCGCGCCACUCUGGAGAAGAAGAACAACGAAGCGAGCGACUGGCUCUACGAGGAGGGUGCCGACGCAUCACGUGAUGAUCUCAAGAAGAGAUACAAGGAGCUCCACGACCCCGUCGUCAAGAUCCAAAAGAGAAGUGAGGAGGCCGAUAAGCGCCCCGAACUCGUCAAGGCCCUGAAGGACGCUCUCAACUCGACACAGUCCUUUGUCAGCACCAUCAAGAAGCAGAUCGACGAGUAUGACGAGUGGCACGCGUCCGCAUCCGCCGGGUCUUCGAGCAGCACCUCCACCGAGACCCCCUCGGCGACCCCCUCAGGCGACUUUGAUGACCUCGAGGACGACGAUAGCAGCAAGGAGCGUACGAUGGAUGACGUCGUCAAGGAGAAGGGACCCGUCCCGCCGCUGUACAAGCGUGAGGACGUUGACGUGGUCGAUGACCUGUACGAGUCGACGACUAAGUGGCUCAAGGAGAUGGAGAAGAAGCAGGACGCCCUCACCACGACGGACGACCCCGUUCUCCUCGUCAAGGACCUCCAGGCCAAGCGGGACAAGCUCGACAAGGCCGGCAUGGACCUCGCUAUGAAGGGCGUCAAGAACUUCGAGGGCAAGACCAAGAAGGCCAACAAGAGCGCAAAGACCAAGAAGACAAAAUCCACCACCACCACGGCCUCCGCCUCGUCCGGCGACUCCAAGGAGAAGCCCACCACGACCGUUCCGUCCAAGAGCUCGACCGCUGAGCCCGAGCCCCCCGCCGGCCGGACAGUCGAGCUCCCCGGUGGUGGGAGCUACGUCCAGUUCGGCGCCGACGGCGAUACGCCGAGCGAGGCCGACAUUGAGGAGAUUCUCAAGAAGUUUGAGCAGUCGCAGCAGGGCCAGGGCCAGGCUGGCGCUCAGGAGGACGCCCCAGAGCACGAUGAGCUCUGA